AUGGACAUCGCGGUGGUCGCGGAGCCCUACGGGGUCCCCAUCAACAAUCCGGGUUGGAUCGGGGACCCCGGGGGCUCCGUGGCCAUCGCGGCAGGAAGACAGCCGUGGUCCCCGCCCGUCAGAGCAUUGGCUGCUGGGCGGGAAUUCGUGGCUGUUGAAUGGGGUGGAUUCGCGGUGGUGGUGGUGUAUGUCCCGUCCAGCUGGCCUCUCCCGGAGUACGAGGAGUACCUGGACGGGUUGCGGGACUUAGUCUCCCGCAUUGCACCCCGUCCGGUACUGGUUCUGGGGGACUUCAACGUCCACCACGAAAUGUGGGCGUCGCGCAAGGCCAACGCGAGGGGCCUGGCGGUGGCAGACUGGGCAGCGGGGCUGGACCUCCAGCUUGUCAACCGAG